AGGCGCUGACAGUCUGUCUGCUUGUUUGAAUUGAAUGGCCGUCUCAAGCGGUUUUAGAUUCAUUCUUCUGACAUUACUGCCUCUACACAAAUAUUUUAGACUCUGGGAAUAGCUCACCCUCCCUUAUCUGUUUACAUCAUUCCAAUUUCUAUAAAUGUCUUCAGAAAAUCCUGCCAUGCCAACUCUUAAAUUGGUGCAGGUCCUGACUGGGCACAGGGGCAGGGUAUGGAACAUAUCCUGGCAUCCAGAAGGGAACCUUCUAACUUCCUGUGGGGAAGAUAAAAUCAUUCGUAUUUGGGGAACCGAAGGCGGUGUAGAAGGAAAGUGGGUUGUAAAAACUUCCUUAACAGAUGGUCAUGAACGCACCAUCAGAGAGGUAACCUGGUCUCCAUGUGGAAAUUAUUUAGCGUCUGCAAGCUUUGAUGCUACUACAGCCAUAUGGGAUAAGAAGUCUGGACAGUUUGAAUGUAACGCCACUCUUGAAGGUCAUGAAAAUGAGGUUAAAUCAGUGUCAUGGGCCAAGUCUGGCCAGUUGAUGGCCACAUGUAGUAGGGACAAAACUGUGUGGGUGUGGGAGGUUGCAGAAGAGGAUGAGUAUGAAUGUGCCGCUGUCCUUAACGCCCACACCCAAGAUGUUAAGAAGGUGAUCUGGCAUCCAAAUGACGAACUUCUAGCAUCUGCUUCUUACGAUAAUACCAUUAAAAUGUUCCGUGAGGACCCUGCUGAUCAAGAGUGGACUUGUGUAGCAACCUUGUCAUCUCAUACUUCUACUGUUUGGAGCAUAGCUUUCAAUAAAACUGGUACGAGACUAGCUUCCUGUAGUGAUGAUGGAACUGUAAAAAUCUGGCAAGUUUAUUUACCUGGAAAUCAAGAGGGUAUAGCCACACCUGAUGGAACACCUGUGUGGAAAUGUGUCAGCACAAUUGCCGGAAUGCAUUCACGAUGUGUCUAUGAUGUGGCCUGGUGUCAUCAGACAGGGCUCAUCGCCACUGCUAGUGCUGAUGAUGUCGUGAGAAUAUUUCAGGAAUCGCUAGAUUCAGAUCCAAAUCAACCCAACUUCGACCUUGUAGCCUCAUCAUCAACCAAUGGGCACAAGCAAGAUGUUAAUUGUGUCGCAUGGCAUCCUACUGUGGCAGGAUUAUUAGCGUCAUGCAGUGAUGAUGGAGAAAUAAGACUGUGGAAGUUCCUUGAGGGUACCUCAUGAUCAAAUCAGUCGUCUUUGUGUUAAAACUUGAAAGUGAAACUUAAAAAGGCCAGGCAAUUUAUUUUUUUGAAAGUAUGCAAUGUCAGUUGUGUUAAAAAUUAAGUGAUUUGAACAUGAUUGAUGUUAUAGUUUGCCUUGAAUAACAGUAAGAGAUGGUUUAUUAGGAAUUAUUGUCUGGAAACAAGAAGAGAGCUACUUUUGAUAAAUGGUUGUAUUCACACCACUGUGUGUCAGGUGCCACAUUUUUCUGCAGAAAUUUCUAUCUCUGGAGAAACAACUAAAAUAUGUUAAAUAUUUGCUUUUUAAUACAUUUUUUUAGUUAUGAACUGGUUAAA